CGGACCAGACGCGGACCAGACGCGGACCCGGACACGGGAAAGCAGCUAUUUUCUGAACAUGGAUUCAAGCAGCAGCAGCAGCAGCAGCAGCAGCAGCACCAGUGGCAGCAGCAGCACCAGUGGCAGCAGCAGCAGCAGCACCAGUGGCAGCAGCAGCAGCACCAGUGGCAGCAGCAGCACCAGUGGCAGCAGCAGCACCAGUGGCAGCAGCAGCACCAGUGGCAGCGGCAGCAGCAGCAGUAAAGAAUACAUGCCUGAACUGCCAGAACAGAAAAAGGCUAGCUGUGUCGUGAUUGACUCCGACUCCGACAAUACCAGUGACGAAAAGAACACUACAGUCUGUGAAAUAAGCAGUGGAGAUGAGUCUUCUGACACUGAUCAUCCAGAAGGUCAGAAGCUUCCACUAAUUGUUAUCGAUGAUGAUGAUGAUGGCAGCCCUGAUUUGAAGAAUAUUAAGCAGAAAAGUGAUGAGCCCCAAAUGUCGGUGCUUGAAAAAGAGGGGGUUGAGUGUAUUGGUUCUGACUCAACUUCACCUCAUGAUGUUUGUGAAAUAUGGGAUGUUUGUGGGAGUUCCAACCAGACAUCAAGUGAGCUUGAGCCAGAGGGGGAGCCUGAAUCUGAGGCCAAGGGGGAGCCUGAAUCUGAGUCCAAGGGGGAGCCCGAAUCUGAGGCCAAGGGGGAGCCUGAAUCUGAAGCCAAGGGGGAGAUGGAGACUGAGGCCAAGGGGGAGCCCGAAUCUGAAGCCAAGGGGGAGAUGGAGACUGAGGCCAAGGGGGAUGAAGCCAAGGGGGAGAUGGAGAUUGAGGCCAAGGGGGAGCCCGAGUCUGAAGCCAAGGGGGAGCCUGAAUCUGAGGCCAAGGGGGAGCCCGAGGCUGCUGAGGGGGAGUUGGAGACUGAGGCUGCUAUGGGGGAGCCCGAGCAAGAAAUUACAGCUGAGGAAGCCAAAAAGAAAAGGGCUGCAUAUCUGCUGGCACAAAAAAGGAAAAGAAAGAGAAAGAACAGAUUCAUAUGUAUGUCAUCAAGUAAGCCUCGUAGGAAACGCCGUAGGGCUGACCCACAGGAUAGGGGUGACCCACAGGAUCUGGCUGACCCACAGGAUCGGGCUGACCCACAGGAUCUGGCUGACCCACAUGAUAGGGGUGACUCACAGGAUAUGCCCAGCCUGCCAGGUACAUCUGAUGAGCCCAUUCCAUCGGGCCAGCCUGUUCGUCCCCGAAAAGGCAUGGCUUCAAGAAGAGGAAGGGGCAGGGGCAGGGGCAGAGGGGCAAAGGCACGAAAGUGAAAAGGGCCUUUUUGCAAAUGGCCACUGGUUAGGGAGUGCCACUGUCCAUUUUCCUUAUGCUCCAGUAUAUCAGCAUUCCCCAAUGUUCAAUCCCCCUGCAGUGUUUAUUUCUUUUU